AUGGGGGCAGCCGGGUCCGUGCAUCCGGAGGGUCAGAAUCCGGAUUGGGAGGACUCGACGAACCAAAGACACGAGGCACCUUCACCUCCUUCUGAUGGGAACCCGUCGCAUGGGCAGCGGACGGUUUGCAGGGAUUUCGCCAAAGGCCACUGCAAGUAUGGCGACCGAUGCCGCUACCUACACGAAGAUGGUGGCGGAGGGGGUGGCACCUCAAGCCACAGCAAAACCCUCUGCCGCGAGUUCGUGAAGGGACACUGCAAGUACGGCGAUCGAUGCCGCUACUCGCACGACCAGGGCGGUACGCCAGGAGACCGCAGCCACAUCCCCUGCCGCCAGUUUGCCAAGGGGAACUGCGUCUUUGGCGACCGCUGCAGGUACUCCCACGAUGACCCGGAGGAUAAAGGAGGUGAGAUCCACAUCCCGAUCAGCUCGGUCCACCUGGUGACCAGACCGCAGCUCUCCUACGAGGAAGCAGUCCAGAUGUUGAGCACCGCGCUCACGGACAGCACCAACAGGCUCCAUGAGCUGGACGCUGAGCGGCAGGAGCUUCUGGAUGAGACGUCGGCCAUGGAUCCCGAGGAGCGCACCCGCAGCAUGGGCACCGUGUGGCAGUACCGGGGCCGGAGCAAGAAAGCCGAGAGGUGGCACGCCUUCAAAGAGCACGACAGCCAGCGCGUUGAAGAGGAGUACCAGCGCUGGGUCGCCGAGGGCCGGCCAAAAGACCAUUCGAAGUGCCGCUUCGAAAUGGCCCUGGAAGGUGGCAUGCGCGUCUCGCUGGAUUUCCACCUCGGCACCCAGAUCACCGUAGGCAAAGGCGGCAGGCGUGGACUGCAGCGCACCGAGCUGCCUUCGAAGGCGCGAAAGCGCUGCGAGCCCUUCUUCCAGACGGUCCAAGGCGUGGUGGGCGACGUGUGCGGCAAGCUGGAGGAGGUCUCCGGUCAGCUCGCGGGGAUGGACAUCUCGGAGGAAAGUCAGCUUGCCGAGCUGCAGCGGCUCGAGAGAGACUGCGUGGAGGCCCUGCGGGAGUCGGUGAAGACUUUUGUGGAGCUCAGCGUCUUUGUCUCGGCGAAUGAGCUGCUGCAGAAGUUAGAGGCCGUGCUCGGCGAGAAGCACGCCGCGAGCCUGGGGGUCGCAGCGGGCGGCCGCGACAUGCGCGUGGAGACUGUCUGCGAAGCUGUCAAGCAGGCAUUUGCAAUCCGGGCCUACGGCAAGGGAUUGCUCCCGGGGCAAACUGCCUGGGACAAGCUGAAGCCCUUGAUCUUCAGCGGGAAGAAGUUCUACGACCAGUCCAUGCUGCGCAUCCGUGAGAGCAUGGUGAAGUUCCGCAGCGUGUAG